AUGGCCGACAACCUUGGAGCUGUUGCACAGCUCCUCGAUGCCAGUUUGGACCCCAGACAAAACAAACAAGGUAUGUUCUUUCUUUUGGAUGUUGGCGAAAUCUGGCAGGCCGAACUUGCUCUUCGCCAGGAAGAGAAAAAGCCUGGCUACUCUUUGCAGCUUCUACAAAUCACCGCAUCUGCCACCUAUCCCUACAAUACCCGCCUUGCUAGUGCGCUAUGCUUCAAAAACUUUAUCAAGUGGAACUGGACAGAUGAGGAUGGAAACUACAAACUCCAGGAGAAUGAGGUCACGACGAUCAAACGGGAGCUGAUCAGCCUGAUGAUUUCGGUCCCGACGGGCAUCCAGACUCAGCUGGGAGAAGCUGUUAGUGUGAUUGCCGACAGUGAUUUCUGGGAGAGAUGGGACACACUGGUGGAUGACCUCGUUUCAAGACUCCAACCCGCCAACCCUGCUGUCAACAUCGGUGUCCUACAAGUCGCACAUUCUAUUUUCAAAAGAUGGAGGCCUUUGUUCCGGUCGGAUGCACUCUACAUUGAAAUCAACCAUGUUGUUGAGAAAUUUGGAGCCCCCUUCCUGAGUUUGUUCGAGCAACUGAACAACUUCAUUGAGCAAAACAAGUCGAAUAAAGAAAAUCUCGCCCAAGGGUUUGCGCAGCUAAACUUGAUGGUCAAGUUGCUCUAUGAUCUUUCUUGCCACGAUCUUCCCCCCGUUUUCGAAGAUCAAAUUGCUGGGAUAGCUGGUCUUUUGCUGAAGUACCUCACCUAUGACAACCAAUUGCUUGUCACUGAUGAUGAUACUGAAGCCGGUCCGUUGGAGUUUGCGCGCGCUGCCAUUUUCCAGGUCCUGACUCUGUAUGUGCAGAGAUACCAAGAUGAUUUCAAACCAUACAUUGGUGAUUUCGUCCAGAGUUCUUGGAAUUUCCUGACCACCAUUGGCCAAGAAACAAAGUAUGACAUUUUGGUCAGUAGAGCUCUGCAGUUCCUCACUUCGGUUGCCGCUAUGCCUGAGCAUGCCAUGGUCUUCCAAGAUGAGAACACUCUCAAGCAAAUUAUCGAGAAGGUCAUUCUACCCAACGUGAGCCUUCGUGAAUCGGACGAGGAGCUCUUUGAAGAUGAGCCGAUUGAAUUCAUCCGGCGAGAUCUCGAAGGAUCAGACAGUGACACGCGACGACGAGCUGCCACCGACUUUCUGCGCAAACUGGCUGAGAAGUUCGAAGAGAGCGUCACCAGAGUUGUUUUGCAGUAUAUCGAGCAUUACCUCGCUGAGUACACGAAGGAUGCGUCGAACUGGAAGGCUAAGGACACUGCCACCUAUCUUUUCUCUGCCAUUGCAGCAAAGGGAAUUGCCACUGCUAGCCACGGAAUCACUGCCAUAAACAACUUGGUAAGUAUCACCGAUUACUUCCAGAAGCAUCUUGCUGCCGACCUGGUUGGAGGAGAUAGUGUACACCCUAUCCUCAAUGUUGAUGCUAUUAAAUACCUUUACGUGUUCCGAAGCAUCAUCACCAAGGAACAGUGGCAGGAGGUGCUUCCGCUUUUGGUCAACCAACUUGCCUCUUCAAACUACAUUGUCUACAGCUACGCAGCAAUUGCUGUCGAAAGAGCGCUUUACCUCAGUGAUAGCCAAGGCCAACCGAUCAUCGCACCCAGCACUAUUACACCCUUGGCCAAGGACCUGCUGCAGCACAUCUUCUCAUUGAUCCAGAAGGAUCCUGCCCCUCAGAAGAUCCAGGAAAAUGAAUUCUUGAUGCGAUGUGCCAUGCGAGUGUUGAUCGUCAUCAAAGAGAGUGUUGUACCGCAUACCGACAUCGUGUUGCAGCACUUGAUCAACAUCACGCAGAUCAUCAGCAGCAACCCUAGCAACCCCCGAUUCUAUUACUACCACUUCGAAGCCCUUGGAGCCUUCGUUCGGUUUGCUGCACCUUCAAACCCGGACAAACUUGAGCAAGCUCUUUAUCCUCCCUUCGCUGGAAUUCUUCAAGGGGAUGUGCAAGAAUUCAUGCCCUACAUCUUCCAGCUUUUCGCCGCUCUUCUAGAGGCCAACCCAUCGGGAACAUUGCCCAAUUAUUACCAGAAUCUGAUCGCUCCCAUUCUCAUGCCCGUUAUGUGGGAUUCGAAAGGCAACACCCCCGCUCUUGUGCGAUUGCUAUCGUCCAUCAUUGCUCGUGGUUCGCAAUUCAUCAUCGAGAGCCAGCAGAUCGAGCCUAUCCUGGGUAUCUUCCAAAAGCUCAUCUCGUCCAGGGCCCAUGAAAGCUACGGCUUCGAUCUUUUGGAGGCUGUUGUCGCAAACUUCCCACCGACUGCCCUGGAGCAAUACUUCGUUUCGAUCAUGCAGGUGAUCCUUAUGAAACUCGAGACCAACAAGACCGAGAGCCUGCUUAUUCGAUUUGUUCGCUUCUAUCACUUCAUCUCCGCGCAAGAAGAAAAGGGCUACAGUGCCGAUUUCGUCAUACAAGUUUUCGACAAAGUCCAGCCGAACUUGUUCACGUCGAUCUACUUGAAUGUUAUCCUCCCCGAGACGCAGAAGCUUGCCCGUCCCUUGGAUCGCAAGACCGCUGUUUUGUCUUUUACCAAGACGGUUGCUAACUCGGAGGCCUUUGCGGACCGGUACAAGAAGGGAUGGGGUUUCACUGUCGAAGCCUUGCUGAAGCUUCUGGAGCUUCCUCCCCUCCCUGCUGGAAAGGACGACAUCAUUGCGGAGCACGAUGUUGAAGACAUGGCAUUUGGAGUUGGGUACACGGCGCUUAACACCGUGCGAGUUCAGACUCGGGACCCGUGGCCGGAUACGGGAGCCGAUCUCAAGGCUUGGGCUGGCCAGUACCUGAAAGCAGCGGACAAGAAAACCAACGGCCGCAUCACUCAGUUUGCCCAAGAGCGUCUACAAGACCAGCUCAAGGCAUUGUUUGGCAGUUACAUCGCAUAA